AUGUCGGAUAUCCUCCAAAUCACCGACCUCUCCCUCCAUCUUCCCAAUGGUCUAGGUCCUUCCGCCUUUUCACUCUCACCACCUCCUCCAUGUCCCGUUCUUCUCUCCGUCACUAUUCAUCUCCGACCUCACGUCAUCCCACUAUGCGCACAAGACGACGAUAUGGCGUCUUUAGGCAUCAACUACUCAUCCCUUUCCAAAGCGCUCUACAAGCAAGCUUGCGAUCCUACCAUAACAUGGACCGGUCCGGAAGCAUUUUUGGAAGCUAUGAGAGGUGUAGUCUCCGAUAUAGGUGGUGAGGCGGUAGAUAAGGUGGAGAUGACCGUGAAGAUGGGGAAGGGCUUGUUACAUGCCGAUUACGUCGAAUAUGGUAGGAUGUACGUCUAUGGGCCUAGACGAGGGAAUGAGGAGAAAAGAUGGUGCUUUAUCCACAACCUCAGAGUGACGUGUAUAGUCGGAUUGCACGCACAUGAGAGGAAAGAGACGCAGAGGGUGGAAGUGGAUCUCAGAGUUGAGGGAUAUAGGCUGGAUGGAUGGUCUCAUAAGUCAUUGGCGGAUGAAGUGUACUCAUACCUACUCAAAUCCCCCUUCGGAACAUUAGAAUCAAUGAUUCAUCAUCUAUCUCAAUACACCCUACAACUACCUUUAUUCGCUUCACCUCCAUCCUCCACAACACCCACCCCUGCUCACACUCUCCAGACUUUGACGGCCCCACCACCUUCUGCGUAUCCGCCGAUCAUAAACAACCCUACGCUCCUCCUGACAAUAAGAAAACCUAGCGCUUUACCAUUCGCAGUGCCUAGUAUAACCGUACGACGGACAUUGGCGGACUAUCCGAAUUCUUCUCAAGCCAUUUCUCAUGGGGGUUCAGUGGGAGGAAAUGAGGAAAGGGUAAUAAUCGCUGUUGGAUCCAAUAUAGGUGAUAGAGCCAAAAACAUCCAUCUUGCAUUGAGAGAAUUGGAAGAUCAAGGAGUGAAGAUAAUGGGGACAAGUAGAUUGUACGAGAGUGAACCUAUGUAUGUGGAAGAUCAAGACAGGUUUGUGAAUGGUGUUGUCGAGUUAUCCACUUCUCUCCCUCCACUGGACCUCCUCCGGCUACUUAAACGUACCGAGACUCUCAUCGGCCGUACUCCAAGUUAUCGGAACGGUCCCCGUGUCAUCGAUCUUGAUCUAAUUUCCUAUUCUCACAUGUCAUGUUUGAUCGGUACGCCUGGAUCACCUCCCGAUGAUGACGGAGUAGGAUGGUUAGAAAUACCUCAUCCACGCUUGGCAGAGAGAGAAUUUGUCUUACGACCUUUGGCUGAUCUUAUACCAUCUUUCACCCAUCCAUCUCUUCCUUCCGUCUCUCACAUGCUCUCCGCUUUGAUGAGAAAGGGGAAAUCUUCGUUGUCACCUAUCAUACCAUUCUGGGACGCUCGACCUUCACUUCAUCACGAACAUCCUUAUCUCCCUCCGCUUCCCAGCACCCAACCAGGUUCUCCACACCAACCAUCUCGUAAUAAGGAUACGUUCGACGAACUGUCAUUCCAUGAUGAUGAGCUCAAGCAGGUACUCGUCAACCCACUCCGACUCGACCCUCAACUCGGUCCAAUCAUCAUGGGUAUAUUCAACGCCACACCCGAUUCUUUUUCUGACGGUUCCUCGACUCAUCUCCAUCUUCCAUCUGCUAUAUCAACUUGUGAAUCACUUCUCUCUCCUUACCCACCUUCUAUACUAGAUAUAGGUGGAAUGUCCACCCGACCCGGUUCUGAACCAUGUACCGAAAUAGAAGAGAUUGAUCGUGUUAUACCUCUCAUUCGUUCUAUCCGAUCUCAUUCAAACCCUAUCCUUCGAACCAUCCCUAUUUCCAUCGACACUUAUCGACCUAUAGUAGCGAAAAUGGCAGUGGAAGCAGGAGCGAAUAUGAUCAAUGAUGUUCAUGGUGGGAAAGAAGAAGGAAUGUUAGAAAUGAUGGCUGAGUUAGACGUUCCUGUUAUUAUCAUGCAUUCUAGGGGAGAUUCGAAAUCUAUGGUUUUGCCAGAGAUGAAAUUGUAUGAGAAGGGUGUGGUGGAGGGGGUCAAGGAGGAAUUGAGGGGGAGAGUGAAGGAAGCGUUGAAGAAAGGUGUGAAGAGAUGGAAUAUCAUUUUGGAUCCAGGGUUAGGGUUUGCGAAGACUUACGAAGACAACCUCAGGAUUUUAGCCAAUCUAAUAGAUUUCACGGGGAUAGAAGAAAUAGAUAUAAGGACGUAUCCAUGGUUGAUAGGUGCAAGUAGGAAAGGUUUCAUAGGUCAAGCUAUCGGUCGAGAGAUUCCAAAUGAGAGAGAUUGGGGUGACGCAGUUUGGAUAUCUCAUUGUGUUGAUCAAGGUGUUGGGUUGGUAAGGGUACAUGAUGUUAGAGGUGCAAGGGAGACGAUGAAGAUGAGAUUGGCCAUUGGGGAUUCUGAUAAGUAA